AUGGACAACGCCGACGUCGAAGCCACCAAGAUGUACAUCACGUACAACAACAUCCACCAGUUAUGUCAGGAGACUUCCGAAAAGAUCAAGCAGUUCAAGCCUGACUUGAUCAUCGCAAUCGGCGGCGGUGGGUUCAUUCCAGCUCGUAUGUUGAGAACUUUCUUGAAAGAGCCAGGCCAGCCAAACAUAAGAAUCAUGGCUAUCAUUUUGUCUCUCUAUGAGGACAUCGACACUGUUGGCUCCCAGGCCGAGAAAGUCGGUACUCAAGUUGUGAGAACCCAGUGGAUCGACUACGCCCAGUCAAAGGUCGACUUGGUCAACAAAAACAUCUUGAUCAUUGAUGAGGUUGACGACACUAGAACUACCUUACACUAUGCUGUGUCUGAGUUGAAGAAGGACGUGGCGGAACAGGCAAAGGUCAAGGGUGCCAACCCAGAAGACACCAAGUUUGGUAUCUUUGUUCUUCACGACAAGGACAAAAAGAAGAAGGCCGAUUUACCCGAUGAUAUCAUGAAGACAGGAAACUACUUUGCCGCCAGAACUGUCCCGGAUGUCUGGAUCGCAUACCCAUGGGAGUCUGAUGACAUUGUUUACCACACCAAGAGAGCUGUGGAGCAAGGCAACGACGUCUUCCUUCCUUCUACCACAGAGUAG